UGUGACUCAGUAUAAAAACAUACGUGGUAGAGAUGACAUCGGUUUCUCACGUAGCGAAUUUCGCGGCGCGGUUCUGCAAUGAACUGGACAACAACAAAAACUUAAUCUGCUCUCCUCUGUCCGCGGAGAUGGUGCUGGCGCUAGUGGCCCUCGGCAGCAGCAACGAAUCUCGCGCAGAAAUAUUCAAAGUCCUCGCCAUUCCUAAUGAAGACGAGCUCUUUUCCACAUUCAUAUCCCUGAAAACAAGUCUAGCUUCGAAGCCUUCAAAACAUGAAACAUCCAACGAUGUUACGUUAAAAAUCGCAAACAAAAUCUACGUGAAACAGGGGGCAGCACUAAAGGUGACCCUUAAGAAGGACGCAGAAGAAGUCUUCCAAGCCAGUUUGGAACAAAUAGAUUUUACCCAAAGUGAUAAUGCUGCGAAUGCCAUUAAUAAAUGGGUGAACAAUCAAACCAACAACACAAUUAGAGACAUUGUUUCUGCCGACAUGCUCGAUAAAGACACACGACUUGUACUCAUCAACGCCAUCUACUUCCACGCUUUCUGGGAGUAUCAAUUUGAGGCCGACGAUACAUACACCAGAGUAUUUCACGUUAAUAAAUCCAAGAAAAUCGAUAUUAAACACAUGAGUUUACAGGGUAAACCUUUUAAUUACAAACACAGUCCGGAGUUAAAGGCUAAAAUAUUGCAGAUGUUCUACGUUGGAGGUAAAGCCAGUAUGGUGAUAGUUCUGCCAGAUGAAAUCGAGGGUCUGAGUAAUGUGAUGAAACAACUGGUAGCCGGGUAUGAUCUGAUGGCAGAGGUCAACAGUCUAAAAAAGAAACCACUUCAAGUAAUCAUGCCUAAGUUUAAAGUUGAAUCUGAGAUCAAUCUGAAGGAACUGUUACCUAAGAUGGGUAUCAAGGCAAUUUUUGAUCCAAAAAAGUCAGAUGUCAACAUGUUGUCAAGUAAUGAUCGACAGUUUGUAUCCGAAGCCAUUCAGAAAGCCUUCAUAGCGGUGGACGAACUGGGCACGGAAGCGGCAGCAGCCUCACAAAUUAUGGAACGAGAACUUUGUGGGAUUUGGACCGACGAGAAGUUUACAGCAGACCAUCCCUUUCUCUACCUACUCACAGUCACAGCUCACCACAUCCCUAUAUUUUAUGGAAUCUACAAUGGAACAGAAAAUUGAGAAAAAUCUGAAUAUAUUUAAUUUGUGAUCGUAAAAUCUGGUAACUUUAGUCCACAACUUACAACUAUAGUCCAAAUUCACAAAAUAUUGUAUACCUAUUAUGUUAUGUUAUGUAUAUUAUUAUGUACAAGUAUUUUUCAUAUUAUGCUGAGUAUAUAAUAUAGAAAGAGCAUUAGUGUAUCCAAAAUAAAUGUAACAAGUACAAAUCAUGUUAACGCUCGUUAAAAAUCAACGUUAAAAUCUGGAUUAUAGUUGUACUUAAAGUG